UUUAGCUAUAAACAAAAGGCCAAAGUUGAAAGCUUUACUACUGGACAUUAAUUCGUGAGAGUCUUGCCUUGGAAAUGGUAAUGGAGGCUCUACGACCAAACUUGAAUCUCAAACCAACCCAUUGCACAUGCACACCAACAAUCUCAACCGAGUUCCUAAGACCCACUUCACUCUCACUCCGUUCUCAUCGAUUUUCAUCCUUAAUAAUACGAAGCAAGAGGUGGAGGAGUAAGUUGAGCUGCAUGUCAAGCCACAAAUCAGACCCAUCAAUUUCUGAGGAACAACAACUGAUCAAAUCAAUUGGAAAGGGCCUGUUUGGGUUUGCCGCUGCAGCAGCUGCUUUACUAUCAGUCUGUUAUGAUUCCCCUGCUUUCUCUGAGUCUCUCACUGUCGCUUUUCCUGUUUCACGGGCUCAAGAGGUGAAUACAGUUCAAAGAACUCUUGUGGAGGCUUGGGGUUUGAUUCGAGAAACAUUCAUAGACCCAACAUUUAAUCAUCAAGAUUGGGAUUCAAAGUUGCAACAAACAAUGGUGGAAAUGUUUCCCCUGAGGUCAUCCGAUGCGGCGUAUAACAAAAUCAGUGCAAUGCUCUCUACACUUGGAGAUCCAUUUACUAGGAUUAUCAGUCCUAAGGAAUAUCAAAGUUUCAGAAUUGGAAGCGACGGAAAUUUGCAAGGGGUCGGCCUUUUCAUAAAUGCUGAACCAAGAACGGGCCAUUUGGUUGUUUUGUCUUGUGUAGACGGUAGCCCAGCUGCUCGUGCUGGCAUACAUGAAGGAGAUGAGUUGAUUGAGAUUAAUGGGGAGAGGCUUGAUGGUGUUGAUAGUGAAGCAGCUGCACAGAAGCUUAGAGGGCGUGCUGGAACAAUUGUUACUGUAAAAGUCCACAGUAGCAAAGAUUUGGGAAGUGAUUCUAGUAUCAGAGAGGUCAAAAUACCUCGGGAGUACAUUAAGCUUUCUCCCAUAUCCAGUGCCAUCAUCCCUCAUAGAACAGCAGAUGGCCAUCUGACAAAAACUGGUUAUGUGAAGCUGUCAGCUUUCUCUCAGACUGCCGCUGCUGAUAUGGAGAAUGCAAUUCAAGAAAUGGAGAGUCAGGACGUUCGUGCAUAUAUACUUGAUCUGCGGAACAAUCCUGGAGGCCUGGUAAAAGCAGGGCUUGAUGUUGCUCAAAUAUGGCUAGAUGGGGAUGAGACUCUUGUGAAUACAAUUGAUCGGGAUGGGAAUAUGUCACACAUCAGCAUGGUCAAUGGGCAUGCUAUAACUAAUGAUCCUCUUGUUGUGCUUGUCAAUGAGGGAAGUGCAAGCGCAAGUGAGAUUUUGGCAGGAGCACUACAUGACAAUGGUAGGGCUAUUCUUGUUGGGCACAAAACCUUUGGCAAAGGAAAAAUUCAGAGUGUGACAGAGCUCCAUGAUGGGUCAGCUCUGAUUGUAACAGUUGCGAAGUACCUAUCUCCUGCUCUACAUGACAUAGAUCAGGUUGGCAUAACACCCGAUGUGCAGUGCACAACAGACAUGCUAAAUUCUCCUAAGGAUUCGUUGUUAAAGGAUAAAAGCUCUAUUUCAUCACUGGAAACUGAUUCCUGUAUCAUGGUUGCUGAGCAUGAGCUGGACAUUCAACAGUCCAAAGGGACUGCCACUUGAAUAAGUAGCUUUUUACCAUAGAAAAUCAACGUAUAGAUUCUUUAGAAGAAUACACACAUUACAUAGCCACAACUUUCUGUUGUGCAUGUGCCUGUCUAUUGUAAUUUAAUUAAUGGUGACAUUAGAACUCAGUGUAUAUGUAUAGGUUAUUCAAAAUUUAGAAAAGAAGUUUGCUCGAA